GCUCUAUACUGUGCAUACAUUCUUCUCUCCAAGCACUAUCGAUAAAUACCACCUACUAACUAAAAUCAAUUUUCAUUUCUCACCCUUAAAACUUGAUAAACAUGUUCAUUCAUGAUCGUUACCAUUUACUAUAUUUAUUCCUCAUGUUGAUGUCAAGUAGCAUCUAUAGUCGUUUUCACUCAUGCGAUACGGAUUCAAGUUGUACCGUCACUCGCAAUCUUCCCCGCAUCGGUAUCUCAUGGCGUGCUAUACUUAAUCCCUUCACGGGAGUUACCUAAAGCAUAGCUAAUAGUCUUAAACAUUAUGUUUCUAAUCAUAGGGUAGUAUCAACAUGGGAUCUCAAGUAAGUCUUAUCAUCUCGUCAUUUUGCAAAGGUCCUAUAGGUCAAUGAGAGAUAUUCGGCUACCCCCGAGAGUACUAAUACGGGCGAAUUACCUACUACACAAUCCAUGAUGAUGUUGGUCUUAUUAUUCUUUCACCCGUGACAGACUCUGCCUUGAUAGCUUGUUGUUUCAAGUGACUCUGAAGAAAUGGAUGAGAAGUCAGCCAGUGAAGUUAUCCCGAACAAUGUGGACGGUGCCCCUGGACCAAAUUCUACUCAGGUAGAGGGCGUAGCAUUAAAGUCGUCGAAAUAUCUUGACGACGCAUACGAGUUUUACCGAAGACAAGAUGCAACGAAUAUUGAUCCGCAAGAAGCACUCCAAGUGCUAAGGAAGAUUGACUGGCAUGUCUUACCUCUUCUAAUGGGGACAUAUCUGCUCCAAUACCUUGACAAAUCUACUGUGAACUUUGCAAGUGUUUUUGGACUACGACAAGGGACAAAUUUACACGGCCAAGAUUAUUCGUGGUCCCUAUCCAUAUUCUACUUCGUCUGGGGUAUGCUCACCAUCGUCACUCCGGCUUGUAAAAACUUUGCCGGACUCGCCGUAAACCGAUUCUUGCUAGGGUGCUCCGAGGCUGUUGUCAAUCCAGGCUUUGUACUCGUCCUCUCAAUGUGGUGGCGACAGGAUGAGCAGCCAAUGCGGUUGACGACAUACUACUCCAUGAACGGAAUAGCAGGAAUAUGUGGAGGCUUGCUUGGCUACGCUGUUGAAAUGCUCGUCAUUGGCCAUAUCACCUCGGGGCUACCACCGUGGAUGUACAUUUUUCUCAUAUUUGGCUCAAUAAGCUUGGCUUGGGGCACUUUAUUCUUAAUAUUCAUGCCCGACCUUCCCUCGACAGCGCGAUUUUUGAACGAACGGGAGAAAAUCGUAGCUGUUGAACGAGUAGCUAUGAAUAGGCAGGGUGUGAAGAACCAUCACUUCAAAACCUAUCAGAUGUGGCAGUGUUUCCGAGAUCCGAAGACAUGGAUCUUAUUCAUCAUGGCCGUCGCCGCUCAAAUUCCGAAUGCCGCACAGUCCAGCUUCACCUCAAUCAUUCUAGAAACAUUUGGCUUCGGUGUCCUUGAAACCCAAUACUUGCAGAUACCAGGGAAUGUAGUGCAAUUCUGCUCUCUUCUCCUAUCUGGUUGGAUCAGCUCCCGAUUUCCAAACUUACGUUGCGCCGUCAUGCUAAUAAGUAAUCUGAUAUGUGUUGGAUGCGGUGCGGCUCUCGUUGGACUUCCGGUUGGCUCGGAUGGAACUGAAAAUCGUUGGGGGCGACUAGUUGCUCUGUGGCUAUGCUCAUUUACAUCAGUUGGCUUCAGUUUGAGCCUGACAAUGGUAAGCAGCAACGUGGCUGGAUACACGAAGAAACAACUCACAGGUGCUCUGUUAUUCGUGGGCUAUUGCGUUGGAAAUAUCAUAGGCCCGCAGACCUUCAAGGAUUCGGAAGCUCCAUUCUAUACAUCAGCCUACAUCGCGAUUCUUGUCGGUUAUUGUGUGAAAACGACGAUGGUUAUCGUGCUAUACCUGUACAUGUGGACAGAAAAUAAGAAACGGGACAGAGAGGCAGCCAUCUACGGCUCAAGACUCUCGGAAGAGCAGGAGAAAGAAGCUAUUGAACAGGGCAUGCAAGAUGUUACCGAGUUGGAUAACAAGGGCUUUAGAUACGUAUUAUAGAAAUCUACCCAGGUAGGAUUUGGGGGGUUCAUGUUCUACUGUUUCUCUAGUGCGCCACACCAGGAUGCUAUCUGAUGAACCCUAUGGGGGUUAUGGCGUUGAUACAGUCAAUACCGCAUAUAUACCUACCUGCGAGCCUAUUACUGCCACCUCUCACUCUGUGGCAGCUAAACUUAUACGUACCCCUUGACACUCACGACAAGUCUUUGUUUGUCUAGGUAGGUAUCUACCUACUAUCAACUCCUAUUGUCCC